UAAUAUUGACAUGACUUACUUGCAUUUUGCUUGUCCUCUAUGUAGCAUCUGCUUGACAUUUUUUCAGGUCCCGACACUGAAACUGGCUACUACCAGACACACCCUCACGAAAUGGUAACAUCGCUGGGUAAUGAAUCAGCUGCCAGUGACGGCCAUCGCACCAUACCACGACCGACGCCUGCGGAAUUUCGUAAGCUAGUACCUGGUCCCGAAAGAUGAGGUUAGCGAAAGAGGCCUGGCGCGACGCAUGCGAAAUCAAAGGUGCCAACGUCAAAUUAACACCUCCAGUGGUCAAAAUCCUCUUGCGGCGCACAUCACAUGUGCGCGGUGAACUCAAAAUGAAGAUGCGCUCACUUAUGAGCUCGUUUUUUGGGUUCCAGCCAAGUCUUUCGAGGGACGUGAUAGGGCAAAACCGAGACCUGGCAGAAUCUUUGAAAAAUGGUUCAGCAUUUGCCUUCAAGGACUGGACAUCGACAGGGCUUUAUAAAUCCGAGCUACUGCAAGACGGUAGCAUCACAGGGUUCGGUACGUCGCACUAUAUUUUCGCAAGUGCCAACCUAACAUCUGUGCUUUUAAGUUCGCAUGCAGGUGUCGAAGCCCUCACUCUGCUGUCGGCUGCAUCCCGGAUUGGUGACAAGGCUUUUGAUGAUGCGAUUCGCGAGUACCAACUUGAGGAGGAGGAGGGUGCAGAGGCUAACAGGAGUUGAGGCUCAUAGAUGUGAAGAGGGCGCGGAGGAUCGUGCAAGGCAUUAGUAGAAUCUGUCGGUAGCGCUGUGUUAUGUAUCUGAAUUCAUUUUUUUUCGUGCU